AAGACGAUUUACAUGAGACUCUUCAAGAUGUGAAAACUUCAAGGGUGAAACUCAUUGAAAUGAAAAUUCCUAACUCAGUAGUUGGUGUUGUUAUCGGGAGAGGAGGAAGCAACAUCAAGGAUAUCCAGCAGAAAACAGAAACGAGAAUUAAUUUUAAAGAGGAAGAUGACAAUGAAGAGUACCGAACAUGCUAUAUCAGAGGCACGGCAGAAUCUGCUCAGAUGGCUGAAAAGCAUGUUACAUGAAAUAAUUACAACGCAACCCCUCAUUAUAGUGUAUGAAACUUGGGUUCCAGAGAAAGCAGUAGGACGUAUUAUUGGAAGAAAUGGAGAAAAUAUUAGAUCAAUUUCAAGAGCUUCAAAUACUAAAAAUCAACGUGGAUAGUGUAUCUUCUAAUAAAAGAGGAGAAGCAAAUGAGGUAAGAGUUGUGAUCAAGGGCACCUCUGAGAUGAUUGCUGUUGCUCGCUCUCUGAUACAAGAAAAAGUGGAUGAAGAUGCAGAAGUGAGGAGAAAGAUGGAACUCUGUCAGUCCAGUAGAUCUCCCAGGAACAAGCCUAAGUCAAGUGUGAAUUCUUCACUAACAAACAGUCCUGAAAAAGAAAAGAAAACACAAAUGUCAGAGUCUCUAGUUCCUACGGGAAGUAACAAAAUGAUGAACAUAUUUGUCUCUGCAGUCGAGUCGCCAUUUUGUUUUUUGGGUUCAG